AUGUUUUCUAGGCCUUUUAGAAAACAUGGAGUUGUUCCCUUGGCCACAUACAUGCAAAUAUACAAGAAAGGUGACAUUGUAGACAUCAAAGGAAUGGGAACUGUUCAAAAAGGAAUGCCCCACAAAUGUUACCAUGGUAAAACUGGAAGAGUCUACAGUGUUACCCAGCAUGCUGUUUGUAUUGUUGUAAACAAACAAGUUAAGGGCAAGAUUCUUGCCAAGAGAAUUAAUGUGUGUAUUGAGCAUAUUAAGCACUCUAAGAGCCAAGACAGCUUCCUGAAACGCGUGAAGGAAAACGAUCAGAAAAAGAAGGAAGCAAAAGAGAAAGGAACCUGGGUUCAACUGAAGUGCCAGCCUGCUCCACCCAGAGUCUCACUUUGUGAGAACCAAUGGCAAGGAGCCUGA